UUGAUGGAUAUGGAUAUUUGUGUUUGACAUGUUUACAAAACAUAAUUUUCAAUAUUCGUUGUUCUUUUAAUGCCCCGUGACUUGGUCUUUCAUUGAAUCUCAAUAAAUAUUUCUUAUACUUUAAUUCCAAUCAGGAAUUAGAAAAUUAUGUUACACCAUGGAUGCGAUGUUUGAUAUUUACUAUUUAUCGUCUGACGGUACAACUGUUGAGCCCGAUGAUAUUCCUAAGACAAAGGAAAAUGUUUGGGUUUUGGGGAAGAAAUAUAGUGCAAUUCAAGAUUUGGAUCGUAUAAGACGAGAUAUUAGCUCAAUUAUUUGGUGUACGUACAGAAAGGGGUUUGUUCCAAUAGGAGAUGAAGGGCUUACGUCUGAUAAAGGUUGGGGCUGCAUGUUGCGAUGUGGACAAAUGGUUCUUGGUGUAGCACUGGUCAGGGUUCACUUGUGUGCUGACUGGGUCUGGAGUCCAGAAACUAGAGAUCCAACAUACCUUAAAAUUAUUCAGAGAUUUGAAGAGAGAAAGCAAGCACCAUAUUCUAUUCAUCAAGUUGCAUUAAUGGGAGCUAGUGAGGGUAAAGAUGUCGGUCAAUGGUUUGGACCAAAUACAAUAGCACAAGUUUUAAAAAAAUUAGUGGUAUAUGAUAAAUGGAGUUCAUUAAUAAUACAUGUGGCUUUAGACAAUACAGUUGUAAAAGAAGACAUACUUCAACAAUGUAUUGUUACGAAUGACCGAGGAGACUCGUCAAAGUCGUCAGAAUGUUCAACAGUGUCAGAUUGGAUGCCUCUAUUGUUAAUUGUACCUCUUAGAUUAGGACUAAGUGAAAUAAAUCCAAUUUAUGUUAAUGGGCUUAAGAUUUGCUUCCAAUCUCCGCAAUCUGUUGGUGUUAUAGGAGGAAAGCCAAAUCAAGCUCUAUAUCUCGUUGGUUGUGUUGGUGAUGAAGUUUUAUAUUUAGAUCCUCACACCACACAAAGAUCUGGUCUUGUUGAAAAUAAAUCAACAGAUGAGCAAAAGGAGAUGGACUGUUCUUAUCACUGCAAAUACGCAUCUCGAAUACCAAUACUUGCCAUGGAUCCAUCUGUAGCUGUUUGUUUCCUUUGCCGCACAAGGAGUGACUUUGACGAGCUAUGUGUUAUAAUAGAGGAGAGUUUGAUGCGCGAGUCUCAGCCGCUGUUUGAGUUGUGUGAAACUCGACCACCGCAUUGGGGACCUUCCACUGCUGACAUUGAUCUACAGAACACAACAUUAUUUACAGAGUUUGAAGAUGUUGACAGACAAUUUGAUGAUUCAGAUGAUGAAUUUGAGAUUAUAUGAAGUAAAAAUUAUGUUCUUUUUUCUAUAUGCA